ACCCUUGAUCCUCUCCCACCAAACCACACCAAACCAAACCAAACCACCCCCACCCCGCAGGCCCCCCAAUACAACCUCGCCCCGGCCCUUUGUGUCUGUUCUGGCUGUUCCGCGGCCUGGACGGGCUGCACCCCAGAGCCGAGAGCGCACGGCAGCCUCGCUGGCAACCGACGCCGCCACGCACCACGUUAUCCGCCAUAUCUUCUGCUAAGCCCUAGCCAGCCUGCUGCGUCUGCGUCUGCGUCUGCUUCUGCUGCAUCCAUGUCCCCUUGGUCCCUCCUUCCUAAUCAUCCUCGCUGUUCCCCAAUUGUCGCUGCUGCUCCGUCCUGCCUAUCCUGCUCUCUGCUGCUAUCCUUAUCCUGUCCGCUUCCCCCGUCCUGCACGUGA